ACGGUGCCGCCGCCAUGGCCGCCCGCAGGGCGCUGCACUUCGUCUUCAAAGUGGGCGAUCGGGCCCGCACGGCGCGGUUUUACCGGGAGCUGCUGGGCAUGAGGGUGCUGCGGCACGAGGAGUUCGAGGAGGGCUGCAAGGCCAGCUGCAACGGCCCUUAUGAUGGAAAAUGGAGCAAGACCAUGGUGGGCUAUGGACCAGAGGACAAUCACUUUGUGGCAGAGCUGACUUACAAUUAUGGCAUUGGAGAGUAUCGCCUGGGCAACGACUUCCUGGGCAUCACUCUGGUGUCCAGCCAGGCUGUGAGCAAUGCCAGGAAGAUGGGCUGGCCCCUCAAAGAAGUCACCUCUGGUGUCUUUGAAGCUGAAGCCCCAGGAGGAUACAAGUUCUACCUGGAAGACAAGGAACAGCUCAAGCAAGAUCCCGUGUGGAAGGUUACCCUGGGUGUCUCAGACCUGCAGAAGUCUGUGAGCUACUGGUCUGGUUUGCUUGGGAUGAAAAUAUAUGAGAAGGAUGAGGAGAAACAAAGGGCUUUGCUGGGCUACGCUGAUAACCAGUGCAAGCUGGAGCUGAAGGCUGUUGGAGGAGCAGUGGAUCAUGGCACAGCAUUUGGACGCAUCGCCUUCUCCUGUGCCAAGGAAGAGCUGCCAAACAUUGAAGCCCUGAUGAAAAAAGAGAAUCAGAAAAUUUUGACGCCCCUGGUCAGCUUGGACACGCCUGGCAAAGCCACGGUGCAAGUGGUUAUUCUGGCUGAUCCUGAUGGCCAUGAAAUCUGUUUUGUGGGAGAUGAAGCGUUCAGAGAACUGUCCCAGGUGGACCCUAAUGGUGACAAGCUGUUGGAUGAUGCCAUGGCUGCAGACAACAGUGACAAGUGGUUUGCUGAGCACAACAUGAAGAAGGUUUCAGCUUAGCUGGAGGAACGGACUGGGCUGCUCCUCUGUGCCUUGGAGUUCUCCCAAGAAAAUUCCAAUCCUGGUUAAAGUGCUGCCUUCCCAAUCAGAGGAUGCUGGGAUGUCCCUUGGUGGUUUUUUUGAGUUGGUUUUAGCUGAUGUCUCUGGCCUGCUGCUCUCUCCCCUCCAGCAAAUAACAUCUCCUCCUCCCAAAAAAUGGGGCUGUGCAGCAAAGAAGCAGCUGAGCCCUUGGCAUCAAAAACAGGAAUCAUCAGUCAAGAAAACCUCA